AUGCAACUCGUCAAGUUCCUCGUCGGCGCACUCAUUGUCGUCGCAGGCUCUGUCGUCGCCAAUCCAGUACCCAGUGCCGAUCCCCUCUCCGGAAACUCUGCUCCAAUUCAAAAGCGUGAUACCCCUGAGUGGAACACGGGUGCGUAUUUUGUCAUAGCCGGUAUGAUGCUACAAGUGAUCCCGCUCCAGUCGUCUAAGGAGGCACAACCAGUCCCGUCUAGUCAACGGCACCAUUCCCCAUCUAGACGUGCGACCCAGAUCACGCUCGCUGAAGAAUCCCCGAAUCCACUCUCUACCCAAGAUAAGCCUUUCGAUCGGCACGAGUCCUUUGACUCGGAUUUGAGAAACUAUUAUCGUCACAAGAAACAUCCAUCGUCAGACGAGGAAUGGGAGGUACUCCCCCGUCCUGACCUGCGCCGCCACGAUUCAAGCGAGACUCUCGUCGAUAUCCUGCCUACGAGCGAAAAGCAAAGCACCCUGACUCGAUUGCUCAGCAGUUCUCGGAAGCAAAGACUGAGAAUCACCCGAGCCUUUAAUGCACAACAUAUUCAUCAUGUCACGUAUGACCACCAUGAACACCGUUUUCUCGACGUGCCAAAAGAGUGGGAAGGCCACCUCCCAGAAAUAAGAGGUAGUCGUCUCCUGGCACUUGCCCUCGAAGUCCGACUUUGGAUCGCACCGCAAGCCUCAACGAUAUCAGAGAGCUGCAAUAUCCCCAGCGAUUUAACUCUAUAA